ACUACAUUUCAUUAGAGAGCUACCAAGCAUCAAAGUCUACUGACUUCGAAGCCAUUCUAAGCUUUCAGCCAUGUUUUCUAAGCUCCUAAUGUGGUUUCUCCUCAUGAGACUUGCAGCUUCCGAAGUUGACGAUAAUUUCAUAUACAAUGGAUUCCGCGGUGCUAAAAUGAGCCUGGACAGUGCGGCGGGGAUCACAUCUGAUGGCCUCCUGUUUCUCACCAAUUCGUCACAUCAGACGGGUCAUGCAUUCUACCCUAUUCCGCUUCACUUCAAACCUUCACACGGUAAAUCUCAAUCUUUCUCUACCAAUUUUGUCUUUGCGAUCGUGCCCAGGUAUCCGACUGUGAGAAGCUAUGGGUUUGCCUUGGUGAUCUCGCCUUCAAAAGAGUUCCGAGGAGGUCAAAUAGGCCAAUACAUGGGCAUCUUCAAUCCUAAGAACAUCGGCAAUCCGUCGAAUCACAUAGUUGCCAUCGAGCUCGACACGUACCUUAAUCCAGAAUUCAAUGAUACCGAUGACAACCAUGUUGGAGUCGACAUCAAUGGCUUACAUUCCAUCUCUUCUGCUCCUGCCUCUUACUUUACUAAUAUGAGUGGCGGGUUUAAGAAACUAAGCCUUGUAAGUGGAGAACUGAUGCAUGUUUGGGUAGAAUACAAUAGUCACCAAAGCCAUCUCAAUGUAACAUUAGCUCCUCUAGGCAUACCUAAACCUGAUCUUCCACUCUUGUCAUUGAUGGUUGAUCUUUCAUCGAUCAUGUUGGGUGGCAUGUAUAUCGGUUUCUCUGCAGCAACCAAGACGGUUCCUUCAUCCAAUUACAUCUUGGGAUGGAGCUUUAAGAUGAAUGGUCAAGCUCAGGUCCUUGAUCCCUCACUCCUUCCUAAGCUUCCACAUAUAAGACCCAAAAAGAAAUCGGAGUUUUUAACAAUUGGGUUACCCGUAAUUGUGCUAGUUUUCACGUUAGCGGCCAUCUCGGCCAUCGGUCUCAUUGUGAGAAGAAAGAUCAAGUUCUCUGAUGUACUAGAGGACUGGGAACAUGAAUACGGACCCCAUCGGUUCUCAUACAAGGAUCUAUACAAGGCCACCAAGGGCUUCACAGACAAAGAGCUCCUGGGAGUCGGAGGUUUCGGGAGUGUUUACCGAGGUGUUUUAUCGGCCGUGAAGACCGAAGUGGCUGUGAAGAGAGUCUCGCAUGAAUCUCGACAAGGGAUGCGGGAAUUCAUAUCUGAGAUCGUGAGCCUGGGCCGCCUCCGUCACCGGAACUUGGUGCGACUUCUUGGCUACUGCCGGCGAAAGAGAGAGCUCCUAUUAGUCUAUGAUUUCAUGCCCAAUGGAAGUCUGGACAAGUUCCUCUUUGACCAUCCAAAUUCACUGCUAACCUGGCACCAGCGGUUUUGGAUAAUCAAAGGAGUAGCUUCAGGGCUUCUCUACUUGCAUGAGGAAUGGGAGCAGGUGGUCAUUCACAGAGAUAUCAAAGCCAGCAAUGUUUUAUUAGAUAGAGAGAUGAAUGGUAGGUUAGGUGAUUUCGGCCUCGCUAGAAUGUACGAUCAUGGAAACGAUCCACAGACGACCCACAUGGUGGGUACCCUCGGAUAUCUGGCACCGGAGCUAACUAGGACUGGGAAGGCUUCCAUAAGCACUGACGUGUUCGCAUAUGGAGCUUUGAUGCUCGAGGUUGCUUGCGGGAGGAGGCCCAUCGAUCCUCGAUCAUUGGCGGAUGAGGAGAUCUUGGUCGAAUGGGUGUGGGAAUGUUGGAGGAGAGGGACGAUUCUGGCCGUGGCUGAUCCAAAAUUGGGACUUGACUAUGAUGCAGAGGAAAUGGAGUUGGUGCUGAAGCUUGGAUUGCUGUGUGCGCAUCCGUUGUCUGCUGAAAGGCCGAACAUGCGGCAGGUAAUGCAAUUUUUAGACCGCGAUGUACCUUUACCCGAGCUCUCACCCGUUGGUCUGGAUGCAGCGAUAUUAACGGUGGGCGGCCGUUAUAAAGGGUCCGAUGACCUAGGCCUGUCAUAUCCUUCUUCUUUGGAACAGGGUUUUACAAGCACAUCGUCGAUCCAAGGGUCAGUGCUCUCCGGUGGCCGUUGAUGGACGGUGGUAAACAGAUACAUGAUGGUAUGGAUUUUCUAUCCUUUAAUGGGGCGACGUUGACCAAAAACAACUAUUUCAGGUUACAUCGUGGGUGGUGUGGUAAGCUUUUGUUUUACCGUUUAGCAGAAUUUCACUC